AUGGGAAUCAGAUUUUCAGAGAUACACACUCUUCCAACUACCUUUUUCAUAAGGGUAUUCAAGGGCCUUUAUGACAAUGUAUCCAACAAUACUCAUGUUGGUGCUCAUCUUGCAAUCCUGACUGCCAUUCGUGAUGUUUGCAAGCUUGCCGUUAAGGAGCUUACCAGCUGGGUAAUUUACUCAGAAGAAGAAAGGAAAUUCAACAAAGAUAUUACUGUAGGCCUGACCCGCAGUGAAUUGCUAAAUCUUACCGAGUACAAUGUUCAUAUGGCAAAGCUCAUUGAUGGGGGGAGAAACAGUAUGUCAAAAGAAUGUACCUUCUAAUUGUUUUCCCUUUUU